AUGUCCAUCGUGUCUCUUCUCGGCAUCGAGGUGCUCAAUAAUCCCGCCAAAUUCAACGACCCCUACGAGUUCGAAAUCACCUUUGAGUGCUUGGAGCCGCUCAAGGAGGAUUUGGAGUGGAAACUCACCUACGUGGGAAGCUCGCGUUCCCUCGACCACGACCAGGAGUUGGACUCCAUUCUUGUGGGUCCCGUGCCUGUGGGAGUCAACAAGUUCUUGUUCCAAGCAGACCCACCCAGUCCCGAGCUCAUUCCUGCCAGCGAGCUCGUCAGCGUAACAGUGAUCUUAUUGAGCUGCUCAUAUGCUGAACGCGAGUUCGUUCGUGUAGGCUACUACGUGAAUAACGAGUACGAUUCCGAGGAAUUGCGGGAAAACCCACCAGCCAAGGUCCAGGUGGACCACAUCGUGCGGAAUAUUUUGGCAGAAAAGCCCAGAGUCACCCGUUUCAAUAUAGUGUGGGAUAACGAGGACGGCAAUGCCGACGAGUACCCACCCGAACAACAGGUGGACGAGGAAGAAGAGGAAGAAGAAGAGGAAGAACAGGAGGAGGAAGAAGAAGAGUUGGAAAAGGGCGAAGACGACGACAUUGCCGAGGAUGAUGAGGAAGACCUCGAAGAGGACCUCGAGGACCCCGAAGAAGACGACAAGAAGAGCAACGGCAGCGCUACUCCCGUGGAUACGGUACAGAGCUAG